AAAUAAGCAUUUGUGAGAGUCCCUAGAUUUAUUUAUAAUUCUUAAUUAUUUUCUUGCUGUCUCGUGAACUAUUAAAGUAAAAUCAAGAAAAGCUCCUGAGUACUGAAAAAAAAAGCAGAGAACAAGAAAAAAAAGAAGACGACUUUAUCUUUUUCUGGUUUUUGUUGUUCUUCUUUGACUUUAUGGGUUCUCCUACAGAUCUGCUUAAAUCUCUGUGAUCUUGUCUCUAAUUCUUCUGUUUACCCGUAAUUUCCGGAGGAUUUUGAGUUUUGAAGCCAGACCCAGAUUCUGUUCUUGCUUUUCCUGAGCUUCUGGAUUUGGUCAGAGAAGCUUAAGUUAAAGAGAUUUGUCUUUGAAGAUUGAUGUAAUUAAGCUUCUUCUGGGUUUUCAUCAGUUUGUCUAAAAGUGAGUGGAGUCUCUCAUCUCAAGUCUGAAGCUCUUUAUUGGAUUUGAGCAUUUCUGGUUGUCAAGAAAGGGUUGGUCUUGUUGAGAAGAAUCCAUUAAAAAAGAAAGAGAAAUGUCGUUCCGGGGCAUUGUUCAAGAUUUGAGAGAUGGGUUUGGGAGCUUGUCGAGGAGGAGUUUCGAUUUCAGGCUCUCCAGUCUUCAUAAAGGGAAAGCUCAGGGUUCUUCCUUCCGUGAGUAUUCGUCUUCCCGUGACCUCUUGUCGCCUGUGAUAGUUCAGACUAGCAGAUGGGCUAAUCUUCCUCCAGAGUUACUCUUUGAUGUGAUCAAAAGAUUAGAAGAGAGUGAGAGUAAUUGGCCUGCAAGAAAACAUGUCGUGGCUUGUGCUUCGGUUUGUCGGUCUUGGAGAGCUAUGUGCCAAGAGAUUGUUUUGGGUCCUGAAAUCUGUGGGAAGCUCACUUUCCCAGUCUCCCUCAAACAGCCAGGGCCUCGUGAUGCAAUGAUUCAGUGUUUCAUUAAAAGAGAUAAAUCAAAGCUAACAUUUCACCUUUUUCUCUGUUUAAGUCCCGCUCUACUAGUCGAGAAUGGGAAAUUUCUUCUUUCAGCUAAAAGAACUCGUAGAACUACUCGAACCGAGUACAUUAUCUCCAUGGAUGCUGAUAACAUCUCAAGAUCCAGCAACUCUUACCUCGGAAAGCUCAGAUCGAACUUCCUUGGGACAAAGUUCUUGGUGUACGACACGCAACCACCACCAAACACAUCUUCGAGCGCACUUAUCACUGAUCGAACAAGCCGAAGUAGGUUUCACUCCAGACGAGUUUCUCCUAAAGUCCCAUCUGGCAGCUACAACAUUGCUCAAAUAACCUACGAGCUCAACGUGUUGGGCACACGAGGGCCACGGCGAAUGCACUGCAUCAUGAACUCAAUCCCAACUUCAUCGCUCGAACCAGGUGGUUCAGUCCCUAACCAACCCGAGAAACUCGUCCCGGCACCAUACUCUCUCGACGACUCAUUCCGCAGUAACAUCUCCUUCUCCAAAUCAUCAUUCGACCACCGCUCCCUCGAUUUCAGCAGUUCUAGAUUCUCUGAAAUGGGAAUAUCCUGCAACGACAACGAAGAAGAGACGAGUUUCAGACCGUUGAUUCUGAAAAACAAGCAGCCGAGGUGGCACGAGCAGUUGCAAUGCUGGUGUUUAAAUUUCCGCGGACGUGUGACAGUUGCAUCGGUUAAGAAUUUCCAGCUUGUAGCAGCAAGACCGUCGCAGCCUCAAGGGACGGGCACAGCACCAGCCACUGCACCGGCUCACCCAGAGCAAGACAAGGUGAUUCUCCAGUUUGGUAAAGUGGGGAAAGAUAUGUUCACAAUGGAUUAUAGGUAUCCGUUAUCGGCGUUCCAGGCGUUUGCCAUUUGCUUAAGCAGCUUUGACACCAAGCUGGCUUGUGAAUAGAAGAAACCACUCACCUCCUUCAUCAUUCAUGCUAAUCACUUGUCUCUCUCUUUUAUCUAUGCUUUUGGUUUUUUUUUUUGGGCAGAUCAAAAUUUGUCUCAAUACUACUCAGUUGCUACUGUGAGAGUCAGACGUCUACUAUUAACAUCAUCUUCUCUAUUCUAAAUCAAUUGAACAUUUAAUAGGUAGUCUUUAA